GCUCUUGGACGUAUUGCCGCCGUAGCCGUUGCACCGCCGUCAUCCAGGCUUUGUCAUCCGGCAUUAGUCACGUCGUCGUUUUCACGCCAUUGUCGUCGUACAGUCGUCAGGCAUUCGUUGUCGCGCCGUCGCCGUGAUGUCGUCGUCGUCGUUCCACUCGAACACGGUUAUACCACUCUCAACAGCCGUCGCCGUCACAAAGUCGUCAUACCAUUGCCUUCGUGUCGUAGUCGUCAGGCUGUCGUUUUACCAAGUUUGUAACGUCAGGAUCGUGAUACCACAGGCGUUAUGCCGUCGUCAAGAUAUUGCUUUCGUCGUUCCAUCGAUGUCGUUUCCUUUCAUUAAUACUAGCGUAAUCAUGUUGUCGUCAUUCUAUUGUUAAUAUACCGCAUGCCAUCGACGCCAUGCCGUGGUGGCUGCCAUUGUCGCCAUACAGUCGUCGGGAUGCCGUCAGACUCGUUUUAUCGCCGUCACUACAGCUUCAUCAUACGACUAUCAUUUACCGUCGUAGUCUCGCCAUCGUCGUAAUGCACACCUCGUGACCUCAUUGUCCUCGUACUAUUUUCAUGCCAUUGUUGUCAUUGCGUCGUCAUCAUGAAUUCGUUGUCAUACCGUCACCAUCCUGCCGUCGUCAUCACGUUGUCCUUGUUAUUUUCUAGGCACUAUAUACUUGUGGUUCCAGCGUCGUCUUUCCUUAUCCGCCAUUUGAGCGUAAUAACGCCGUCGUCAUUCAAUCGUGAAUACGCCGUCGUUGUCAAGGCAUUGACGUCAUCACGUCGCCACCAAAAAGCCUCCGUCGGGCAUUCGCUGUCAUAUCAUUUUCGUCAUUCCGUCGCGGGGUCACCGUCCUCGUCGUUCCAGCUUCGUCAUCCUCUUGUCGUUACACACUCGCCGCAAUUCGGUGUCCUCAUGCGCUACUUGCCACGCUGCUGUCUUUACACCAGUGUAAUCACUUCAAAAUUGUCAUUUCAUUGUCAUCAUGUCCCUUUCGUCAUGUCUGCAUCACCGCAGUUAUUCCUUCUUCAUUCCAUCUUUGUCACUGUAGCCUGCCCUUCACUAUAUUCAUCAUAUUUUCGCGCUUUCAGUGCUUGUGCUUAUACGGGAUGGAAAAUUCCGUUCUCUACGCUUGAAUUACCGCCAGUUACUCGAUCUCGAAGUUUGUAGACAACGUGCGCUUAAGAAUGCAUGCUUCAUUUCUUGCGCACCCUUUCCGAAGAGGCAGGUGAGGCCAACGCCGGGAUAUCUGACCAAAGUGCAGGAACACGAAUAACGAGAAUAGAUAGAACAGCGUUGUUGAUAGGUACGCGAGGAAGGUCAAGUAGAUAUGAAAUCUACGUCAUCAUAGCUGCAUUACAGCUGACUUGCGACAACUCAAGCCGGAUAAGAACCCAAGAAAGCAGUCGCCCCGUUUAACCAGUGCGAAAGAACGUAGUCGAAAGAACCAGUGCGAAAGAACGUAGUCGAGCUGCUACCAUGCACGAUCAGGGAACAAGUGUGGUGCACGUGUUGAGCGGGCAUGCCGUCACCGGCGUGAACUGGAGACCAACGUGGUUUGCCGAAGACGUGCCACAUUCGCGCAUCUGUGGCCUCUGCCACACGGUACCCGAGAGGACGGUGCUGUUGCCGUGCUCGCACUUUCUGUGCGGUGCCUGUAGCGCGGCGAGAGAUCAAGAUGGCCGCUGCGUGUGCCCCUUGGAUAUGAAGACAUUCGAAGAGGACGAGUGCUCGUGGAUUGACUUCCCUGCCAGGAGAGCGAUAAAUCUGAAGGCACACUGCUGGAAUAGGGCUGAUGGCUGCGACUUCGUAGGUACAAUCACAGCUGCAUUGCAACACUACGAGACAGAAUGUGCCCACCACGGCCUCAAGUGUCCGCGGUGCGAACGAAGGGUACUGCACCGAGACCUCGGGGCACAUUACGUGGCGGGGUGCGCUCGAAGUGAUCCCUCUGCAAGUGGUGCACAGCCAAAUCUGCAGAAAAGUUCACUGACCAGUCGUGGUGUGAGUGCCACGCUGGAGGAAAUCACGUCCUUGAGAGGAUUGUGUCACGACCAGCUGUCUGCUCUUCAGAUAAAAGUUAACGGGCUCUUGGAACUAUCCAAAACCUCGGAUGCAGCGCGAAAUCCGGAUAUCAGCCGCGUGGUCAGGGACUUGGAAAACAGCUUGGCAUGCAAGUUGUAAGGAAUAGCGGCCCAAAUCACCCCUAUCUUCACGCGUCUACUGAAUGCCGGUCUGAAUAAACUAAAGGCAUUUCUCAGGGAACCAGGGAUUGAUCAAGUGCCUAAUGGGCAGACUGAAAUUAACAAACUCGCUGAAGAAUCUAGGGCUCGCGAAACCGCCUACUUAGAGAAAACCACUGGUGUCCUUAGAGACUCUGAAACUAAAUUGAAGGCAGAAGUGAACAAAGUUAGGGCGAAUAUUUCUGCGACGCUGACGCAGCAACAUCGGUCUCUGGAAAGAGCAGUUGAUUCUUUGCCGCGGAAAUGCGUAUGUCCGGAGAAUGAAGAGGCCGCUGUUGUAACCGCUUCAGGGGAAUGGAAGAUUCCGUGGCAUUUGGGAAAAGAAGCUAAUUCUGCUAAAGUUGGAAGCCUUCGCUUGCGCAUUCAUGAGCACUCUAGAAUUAUUUCGCCAAGAAAACCAGCCACAGCAGAUCGACUAUUCGUUUGGGAUCAUCCACGCGAUCUCUCGGUUGAGGCGGUGCCCUAUCAUGUCUCAUGGCAAAGCGUAGAGUACAUCCACUGCCUACUAUAUGACCGUGAAAAACGCUGAUAAACUAUUCAACUCUAAGCCCGCCUUUUUUGCCGGGUGUAUGAACUGGCCGAGUAGGGAUAUCUGCUUCAAGGUAUUCAUUUCCGCGUACAGGCUCUUUUCACCACGUUUAUAUGCGGAAGUGCGGUACAUCUGUAUGUCGGGGUCUUCUCACAUAUUCUGGGACGAUUUUUCGCGGACAGCACUAAACAGCAAUCCACACGAUAACCUUUCCAUCAGUAAAGCAACGCCGCACGAUUACCACUAUAUAACGGUAUUCCAAAUUUUUCUCCGAUAUUCAGUGUAACACAAGAUAAGCUCGACGCGGGCGGCUUUAUAAGAAACGGAUAUUUGAAGUUUACGCUUGACAUUUUUAUGAAAACGUGUUUCGGGCCUUAAACAGAGUUAAGCUAUAAGUAAAGCUUAGUUCCAACCAAUUCUAGUGCUUCAUUCGCACACACAAAAGAGUCUAUCGUUUGGCUGCUAUCGUUACAUUACCGCCUCUGAUGGGUUUGUUUCUAGCACCGAGAGUUUUGUGCCAGCAUGCAUGAGCAUUUUGACUCAUAUCACGGCAAGAAACUAUUAAAGUUUCUAGCGAUUUUAAAAACUUCUCAUGCAUUUUUUUUUACUUAACAGCACAAAGGCAAGAAUCACGGCGCGGUUCGACAAAUAGACUUCGGCCAAAAAUGAAGCUUCGAUAACGCGAGCCUUUUAAAGAGCUGUCCAGAUAUUUUCAAAUUCAGCUUUGUAACCUUUUGUUCAUGAUAAACAUGUUGGUGAAUAAAGCACUGUAGUGAGCCUGUUACUGAGAAUGUAUAGAGGUAGGCUGCAUCCUCUGUGGAGCGAGACUAGCGAUUCGCUGCGCAUAACUGGACGCUGGACACGCGUGCAUUUGUUAGUGUCGUGUCGCAGUGCGGCGUUGCGCAUGUUAAUGGAUCGUUUGUGCACCUUCACAUCAUUUUGCGGUAUUAUUUUUUUUUUUACACUUUUCAGUACGUGGUGUCUUUUCAUGCGCCUAUGUACAGCGAAAUAAAAGCCUAUGCACGCUUCA